AUGGCGCCGUCACAGCUGAAGCAGUUGAAAGCGUCCUUGCGAGAAAAAGGAGUUGUUGGCCCUCAGCUGUCCAAGAAGCAGAAACAGAAAAACUCGAAGUCUGGCGCCGCAGCCGAAAAUCGCGUAAAACGAAAUGCUGCUCUUCAAGCGAUACGGGAACAGUUCAAUCCUUUCGAAAGAAAACAAACACUUCUUAAGGAACUUCAAAGCCGGAAUAAGGUCGGUGGCCUUCUCGAUCGGAGAUUUGGUGAAAACGACCCUUCCAUGACACCGGAGCAACGAGCAGCGGAGCGUUAUGCCAGAGAGAGCCAAAAGCGAUCUAAAAAAGAGGGACUGUUCAACCUUGAAGAUGAUGAGGAGGAGGAAAUGCAACUUACCCACAUGGGUCAAUCUCUUUUUGACGUCGACGCAGGAAAGGAUGACUUCAACGAGGAUCUUAGCGGCCUAGAGGAAGAGAGUGAUGCUGAAACGGGUAAAAAGAGAAAACGCAUAUUAGAGGAAGUUGAUGAUAUGGAAGGAAUGGCUGAUGAUGAUGAGGACGAAGAUGAACAGCCAGAGAGGAAGAAGAGCAAAAACGAAGUCAUGAAGGAAAUUAUUGCGAAAUCGAAACAAUACAAAUAUGAGCGCCAGAAGUCCAAAGAAGAUGAUAAUGAACUUCGAGCCAUCCUGGAUCAAGGCCUGCCGGAUGUGUUUGCGAUGAUGAGAGGUACAAAAGCGGCGGAACCCAAGCCCGCGCCCGCACCAGUCCCAGGACCUCCUCAGAUGGACCCUGAUCGGGCAGCCCUACUAGGCGGAAAGGAUAGGGAUGUAGCAGAUCGCGAGUACGAUCAGCGGCUAAAGCAAAUGGCAUUCGAUAAGCGUUCGAAACCUUCAGACCGAACCAAGACUGAGGAGGAGAAGAUUGAGGAAGAGGCUAAGCGGUUGCAAGAGCUGGAGAACGAACGGUUACGGCGCAUGCGAGGAGAAGAGGAGAGCGACGAGGAGCCUGUCGAAAAUGCUGUUGAGGAAGAACCCCAAGAUGACUCCGAGCCAGACGACGCCAAAGCGUUUGGGCUCGCUCAGCCCGAGACGUCAAAUGGCCUGUUUGGUGUUGAGGACGAAGAUGACUUUAUCAUUGACGACGACCUUGUGGAUAACGAAUCUGUUGCUGAUGUCUCUAUCACCGAGAGUGAUGUUGAGUCUGAAGAGGAGGAGGAUGAUGCCGAUGAUACUGAAUUCAUUGGUGAUCUAGAACUUCCUAAAGACAGACCAUCAGCAUCAGGCGGGACCACAUUCAAAGCACCGAAUGACUCUUCACUAGCAUUCACCUAUCCAUGCCCCGAAUCCCAUGAUCAUUUUCUUCAGAUCUUGAAGGGAGUUGAUAUCGAAAAUACCCCUGUCGUUGUCCAGAGGAUACGAGCACUGCACCACGCUAGUCUUCAUCCCGAUAACAAGGCAAAGCUCGGAGAAUUUUCCAAAAUCCUUGUUGAUCAUGCAGUAUACCUUGCAAAUAAAACUACGCGGCCAUCAUUUGCUAUCGUGGAGAGUGUGCUACGACAUGUUCAUUCCAUGGCCAAAACUUAUCCUGAGGAAGUUGCAGCAAGAUUCAGAUCCCAACUCCGCGAUAUCUCGGAAAAUAGACCGUUGGGGCUACUACCUGGCGAUCUUGUCUUGCUUACUGGAGUUGCAACGAUAUUCCCUACUUCAGACCAUUUCCACGCCGUUGUCACGCCCUCAAUCCUUACGAUGGGCCGUUACCUAGGCCAAGGGCCAGUCAAUUCCUUGAAUGAUAUUGCGACUGGGGCAUACAUUGCCAGUCUCUGUCUUCAAUAUCAAACAUACUCUAAACGAUAUAUACCCGAGUUCAUGAAUUUCAUCCUCAACUCCCUAACCAUUCUUGCACCAAAGGAAAGCAAAUCUAACCCCGGCCUUUUCCCCGUCCGACUCCCUGAAGUCCAGUUGCGAUUACAACUGGAUAAAGUUUGCUCUAAGGAUCUUCGGAAACUCCAAUUUUGGGAUAUUUUCUCCACAAGCCUGAAUGGUAGCGAUGCGGAGAACCUUAAGCUCUCUCUGCUUAAUAUCCUGGUUACUCUUCUUGAUAAGGCCGCUGAGUUAUGGGGCACCAAGCUAUCGUCCCUUGAAAUUUUCGAACCCGCAAGCUCCGUUCUACAACAUGUUAUCGAAUCCUGCCCCAAAGCUGCUCUCCCUUCUGCUUUAUCAACUCACCUCCGUCGAUCCCUCAAGACAAUUAAAGCACUUCUCGCCUCCUGUAAAAAGGACAGAAGGCCAUUACUACUUCAUAAUCACCGACCGCUUGCGAUUAAAUCCAGCAUUCCCAAAUUUGAGGAAUCCUUCAACCCUGACCGACAUUACGAUCCCGACCGCGAGCGUGCAGAGCUCAGCAAGCUCAAGGCAGAACAUAAGCGCGAGAAGAAAGGUGCUAUGCGCGAAUUGCGCAAGGAUGCCAACUUCAUUGCUCGCGAGAGCUUACGUGAGAAGAAAGAGAGGGAUGCCGAAUAUGAGAGGAAGUAUCGUCGUCUUGUUGCAGAGAUACAAGGGGAAGAAGGGCGCGAAGCGAAGUUAUAUGAGAAAGAGAAAAAGGCUAGAAAGCAGUCACGGAAAUAA